AUGGGGACCAAAACCGGAAUUCUGGGUCUGGUCGUGCUGCUGGUGUCCCUAGCUCACGGAUGUAUCCACGACACAAUUGAUCAUAAAUUGGUUGGUGGUCAUCAGCACUACGGAGACAACCACCCGUUCGACACUCGUAGACGGAAACUUACAGAGGAAGACUCGACCAACUUCCAGACGUACGAGUCUACCACCUCUGAGAAUGCCUACCAACCAAUUCGGAUCACUCCAUACUACGAUGAAGCCACAUUCAACAUCCUAUCAGAAGAGAAACGAGCUGUGCUGUAUAAGGUUAUACCCGACGCUAUCAGUCGCUUUAACACCGCGUUGAAAGUCAUCCCGGUACAAGGCAAACUGGCAGCGCAACACACGUGCAAGACGCAGUGGAUGACGUCGCCCCCUAUUUGCAAGACGUUCGUCGAGAACGAAAAGUGUCUCGAGAUGCCUAUUCCAAGCGAGCAUUUCGGAUCUACGCGAUAUUGCAACUCCUGCCCUAAAGAAGGCUGUGCAGGUGGAAGUUGUGAUUACACCAAUGCUCAGGGCGUUGCAAACACCGACUUCCUGCUGUAUAUCCGUGCCGCGACGACGAACUACUGCGGUUCUCGUACACUGGCUUACGCUUCAUCGUGCCAGAAGGACCAGUAUGAUCGCCCCACCUUUGGUAUGGCAAAUUUCUGCCCCUCACAGAUCAGUACAGCGCCUGAAGAUUACGAGUCUCAAGUAGCGACUGCCAUGCACGAAAUGACGCACGCGCUCGGGUUUUCAGCGCAGUUCUUCCCCUACAUGCGCUAUCCUGACGGAACUCCACGCACACCGCGUGACUCCAGCGGGAGGCCACCAACGUACAAGACCGGAACGUGCCCCAAUGGAUCGCCUAUCGACUACUACGUCGAGCCUAGCAUCAAUACAGUCAAGCAUUUCAUUGAACGAGGCCACGUCGUAGCGAAAAUGGUGACUCCUAAUGUAGCUGCAUUCGUCAAGUCUCACUUCGGCUGUGACUCGCUGGCAGGAGCUGAAAUCGAGCAACAAGACGACUCGGGAUGCCUCGGAUCGCACUGGGAAGAGCGAAUAUUCGAGCCCGAGUACAUGACACCUGUCGACAGCUUCCGGAAUGUUUUUAGCGCAUUAACUCUCGCCUUUUUCGAGGAUUCCGGUUGGUAUCGCGCGAACUCGUCGACAGCCGAGCGCAUGCAUUUCGGAGAGAAGCGAGGGUGCGCUUUUGCCACUGAGAAGUGUAUUAACCCAGGCACAGGUGAAUCUGUUGCAUCAGAUCACUAUUGCACGAGUAAUGCCGCUGAAAGCUGCUCGGUUGAUGCCUCGUCACGCUCGGUCUGCACACUUUCAAGUGGCCGAACCAUCCCAGAGAACUAUCGAUAUUUCGCUGGUGCACCUACAAAAGGUGGUGACGACUAUGCAGACUUUUGUCCGAUCAACGUUGGCUACACGUACGGAGACUGCAGCAACCCCACCAACCUCGUAUUUCCUGGCUCAACCAAGAUCAACAUUUUAGGAGAAUCCUACUGCCCCAACUGCAAGUGUACAGCUACGACACUCCGUAGUGCAGACUCGACCAAUUGGAUUGUCAACUCUCGUCGACAAACUGGAUGCUACGCUAUGCGUUGUUAUGAUAACGGUAGCAGAAAUAUUAGCAACAGUAUCAUCGAGUUUACGAUUCCACGCAGUAAAUCAGGUGACACUGUUCAAGUGAACUGCACAACAAAAGGUGAACAACUCUCGAUCCCCGGAUUCACUGGAUACCUCACCUGUCCAGACCCGAGUAUUAUCUGCGACUCUGACGAGGCCUAUAAUUUCGUGGAUGACACGGGGACCGGAGGAACCGGAUCUGGUACUGCUAAUCUACGCUCCACAAGUGCAGCAAACACUUUACACUCCGAGGCAACGUGGACUAUUCUACUGGGAUUGGUCAUGACAGUUGCUUUCUUGUAGCGUAUUUAAAGGUUUUGAAAAAAAAAAAAAGAAAGCUAUUAUUCUACUACUC